AUGCUUGUCAAGAGCAUCCGAGCCGCCGGCCAUAUAGCAGAUUUGAGGGAAACUUUCGAGACGCUGAGGACUCACAAAAUGAAGCUCAAUCCGACCAAAUGUGCUUUCGGCGUUUCCUCCGUGAAGUUCUUGGGAUUUAUGGUCUCACAGAGAGGAAUCGAGGCAAAUCCCGAGAAGGUGAGUGCUGUCCUUGGAAUGCAAUCUCCCUGGACCACCAAGCAACUGCAGCAGCUGACUAGGAGAAUAGCAGCCUUAAACCGGUUCAUCUCCCGAUCCACAGACAAAUGUCUCCAAUUUUUCAAGAUUUUGAGGAAAACCUUUGAAUGGAGUAGCGAGUGCGAGGAAGCCUUAGGGAAGCUAAAAGAAUAUCUGACCAAUCCGCUGCUCUUGAGCCGUCCCAGCGAAGGGGAAAUACUAUAUCUCUACCUAGUAGUAUCUCCUCGGCAGUCAGCUCAGCAUUGGUCUGAGAAGACUCAGGUAUCCAACAACCGGUUUAUUUUACCAGCAAAGCACUCCACGGAGCCGAAGAGAGACCUUUCUGGCAGGUUGGUGGACUGGUCGGUAGAGCUGGGGCAAUUCGACAUAGAAUUCCAUCCUCGAACUUCUAUCAAGGGUCAGGUCCUAGCUGACUUCAUCCUGGAAUUCAGUAAUACACCCGAGAGCAAAGAACUGCCCAAGAAGGAGACCUGGGUAGCAUAUGUAGACGGUUCCUCAGCUAACUGGAAGAGUGGAGUCGGUGUCACUCUGGCAAGCCUGGAUGGAGAAAGUUUUCGGUACGCAAUCAAGCUGGAUUUUGUGACCACCAACAAUGAAGCUGAGUAUGAGGCCGUGUUGGCCGGGCUUUCCAUCGCCCGGGAGAUGGGAGCAAAGAACGUAGAAGUCAGAAGCGAUUCUCAGGUGGUAGUAAGCCAUGUGCAGGGACUUGCAGAGGCCCAAGGAGAAAAUAUGAUUCAAUAUCUCGACAAGGUGCAUGAAUAUCAGUCUAACUUUGACAGAACCGUCAUGACAAAAGUUCCUCGGGAGGAAAAUGUCUAG